GAAUCAUAAAAGAGUUGUCUUUUGGAAGAAAACGUUAGUCAGAAGAUUCAAACAAUUUUUGUUGAUAAAUUGUAAAAGUUUUACGGCCGUGUCGAAAUAAAGUCAAGUGCAUUCAAAAUGUAUAAGUUUCUGUUUUUGGUUGGUUUUGUCAGUUUGACCGUAGUUGCUUACGACUUUAAGGACUCAGAAUUCAAUGAAUACUUAAUGCAAGACUUGCUCGAUUACAAUCAAGAAGUAGAUGAUGUUUUUGUGUCGGCCCGAAUUCGCAGAGAUACAACAACCGAAAAUAAGGACGAGGACAAAAAGUGCAAGUCAAAGAAACAUGGCAUGUGGAAGUGCUGCAACGACAACAGCAAUGACAAGACAUUCGACAAAUUCAAGGAUAUGAAGAAACAAUGCUUCCAAGAGAUUCGUGGCCCCAAAGGUGAAGAAUCGCUAGAUAUGUUCUCAUGUGAAAAAGUCAACAAGACAAAGGAGGAAUUCGUCUGUGUUACACAAUGUGUUGGACAGAAACUUAACAUUGUGGACAAAGACGGAAAUUUGAUUGAGGCUGCUGUCAAGGAGCACGUUAAAAAUGAUAUCAGUUCUUCCCAAUGGCAAAAGGAUAUUUCCGACGCAGUUAGCCAGACAUGCAUUGCUGAGGCAAAGGAAGCCGUAAAAGCCAAUCCACCAGAGGCAGGAAAAUGCAGUUGUGCCGCUAUAAAAUUCUCGCACUGUAUGUGGCGCGAAAUGGUAAAAGCUUGCCCAAAGGACUUGCAAAGUGAUUCGAACAAAUGCACUAAACUACGUGAAAAGUUGGACAAGGGAGAAAAGAUUGACUUCCAUCAAUUCCACCGUUAUCAUCACCAUCACAGAUCUGAUGAUUCCAAUGACGAGUAAUUUUCCACUUAUCGUAUAACCAACCGUGUGCCCUGAAUUUUUUUCCGUUUCAAUAAAUUUGCUGAGUAAUAGU